AUGAAACUUCAAUAUCCGCUUCCUCAGACCUUAGCCCUUGUGCUAUGCUAUAUCCAGUUAGCGUUUGCUACUGAUUCCAGCUAUCAACGGGUUGAGCAUCUAGACAAGGUACCGGAUGGCUGGUCAAGAGGGGAUAGACCGUUAGCCUCUGAACUUAUUAAAUUCCGACUAGCGAUUACCCAGCAUAACGCAGGAGAGUUCGAACAAAAGGUCAUCGAGCUCUCAACCCCAGGUCACGCGAGCUAUGGUAGACAUAUGAAAAGAGACGAAGUGAAGAACUUCUUGAGCCCAUCCCUUGCUAUUUCAGACCAGGUUAUCGCUUGGUUGCGAUCAGAAAAAGUCCCUACCAGUUCUAUCAAAUUAGACGGCCAUUGGGUCUCGUUCACAGUUCCAGUUUCUCAGGCCGAGCAGCUGCUGAAAACAGAGUUUUUCUACUUUCAUCAACAGGACCAGCAAAGCAUCGCUAUUCGGACACUUGGCUACUCUGUGCCUAGGGCCUUGCAUCCCCACAUUCAAUUGAUUCAGCCUACAACUCGAUUCGGCAACCUCGUUCCUCAAAGAAGCUCCACUUUCGAACGGCCAAAACCAGCCACCCCGGAACAGUUAGCCGCUGGAUGCAAUACAGCUAUCACACCAGACUGCCUUCGAGAUCUGUAUGGAAUAGAUAACACAACCACCAGACCCGAAUGGCAAAAUCGACUGGGGAUAUCUGGUUUCCUGGAACAAUAUGCUCGCCACGAUGAUUUCAAUGACUUUUUGCGUCGUUACGCCCAAAACCACACAGACGCAGACUUCAGUGUUGUCUCGAUCAAUGGCGGCCAGGAUGAUCAACACUCCAUGGCUGAUAGCGUUGAAGCAAACCUAGAUGUACAGUACUCCAUUCCGUUAGCGGAUGAAGUGCUAGCAACAUUUUAUAGCACUGGCGGACGCGGUCCUCUUGUCCCUGAAUUGAACUAUCCAGACCCUACCAACUCAUCAAACGAGCCAUACCUUGAACAGCUCCAUUACCUCUUGAAUCUCCCCGAUGAAGAGCUCCCUGCCGUGCUUUCUAACUCGUACGGAGAAGACGAGCAAAGUCUUCCACCGUCGUAUGUAAACGCAACUUGCAGCCUAUUUGCUCAGCUCGGUGCCCGGGGUGUUUCAAUCCUUUUCGCCAGCGGAGAUUCUGGUCCGGGAAGUACUUGUGUGAGAAAUGACGGGACGAAUCAGACCAGAUUUCUGCCCGCAUAUCCAGCUUCUUGUCCGUUUGUUACCACGGUGGGUGGAACACACAGAAUCAAUCCCGAAAGGGCGGUUUCCUUCUCUGGAGGUGGGUUUUCUGAGGUGUUCCCUCGUCCCCAAUACCAGGACCAGGCAGUAAAAAGCUAUCUUCAUCAUCUUGGAAGUCGAUGGAAUGGACUUUACAAUGCUACGGGAAGAGGAUAUCCCGAUAUAUCAGCCCAAGCUGCGAGUUUCAUUGUUCGAGACCAUGGUGAGUGGGUCUCGGUCCGCGGCACAAGUGCUUCAACACCAGUGGUUGCAGGUGUCAUUUCUCGGCUCAACUCUGCCCGUCUUGCCCAGGGUAAGUCUCGAAUGGGCUUCCUGAACCCAUGGCUUUAUAGCCACGGGAAAAUAGGUUUCACGGAUAUUGUUCUAGGUAGCUCCUCGGGCUGCAAUUGGACUUCUCGCAAUGCUCCUCCACGAGUACGGAAUGCGAGCUGGGAUGCCACUGAAGGGUGGGAUCCGGCGACGGGGCUAGGCACACCCUUGUUCCGUACACUCGUGAAAUUGGCAUUGUCAGAUGACCAUAUGUAG